GCCAAUCUGGACCCUCGUCGCGUUCCGUUCGUGCGUGCGAGCCGGCGCCGAGCUGGCUGGGCCGCGGAGGGCGGAUGGCGGACUCGCAGGCGUUCUGCGUGGCCGAGGAGCGCAGCGGCCACUGCGCCGUGGUGGACGGACACUUCCUCUACGUGUGGGGGGGCUACGUGUCUAUUGAAGACAAUGAGGUCUACUUGCCAAAUGAUGAAAUUUGGACCUAUGAUAUUGAUAGUGGACUGUGGGAAAUGCACCUGAUGGAAGGAGAACUCCCCACCUCCAUGUCAGGAAGCUGUGGGGCUUGCAUCAAUGGCAGGCUGUAUGUUUUUGGAGGCUAUGAUGACAAAGGAUACAGCAACCGCCUUUACUUUGUCAAUUUACGAACAAGAGAUGGAACUUAUAUCUGGGAGAAAAUCACCACAUUUGAUGGACAGCCACCCACACCACGUGACAAACUCUCCUGCUGGGUAUAUAAGGACAGAUUAAUAUAUUUUGGUGGUUAUGGGUACAGGAGGCACAGUGAACUUCAAGACUGUUUUGAUGUCCAUGAUGCAUCUUGGGAAGAGCAGAUAUUCUGGGGGUGGCACAAUGAUGUCCACGUGUUUGACACAAAGACAAGGACUUGGUCUCAGCCAGAAAUUAAAGGUGGAGUUCCGCCACAGCCACGAGCCGCGCAUUCAUGUGCAGUUCUGGGAAAUAAGGGGUAUAUCUUUGGCGGACGCGUUUUGCAAACUAGGAUGAAUGACUUACACUAUCUAAACUUAGAUACCUGGACUUGGUCUGGAAGGAUUUCUGUUAAUGGAGAAAGCCCCAAACAUCGGUCAUGGCAUACGCUGACAGCCGUAGCUGAGGAUAAGCUUUUCCUAUUUGGUGGACUAAGUGCAGAUAAUACUCCACUGAGUGAUGGCUGGAUUCAUAAUAUUAUAACAAACUGCUGGAAACAACUUAGACAUUUACCUUACACCAGGCCCAGGUUAUGGCACACAGCCUGUUUGGGAAAAGAAAAUGAAAUAAUGGUGUUUGGUGGGAGCAAAGAUAACUUACUUUUCUUGGAUACAGGUCACUGUAAUGAUUUAUUGAUUUUUCAAACACAGCCUUAUUCACUGCUCAGGUCAUGUCUUGACUGCAUUGGGAAAAAUGCUACCAUUUUAAAAAGUCAGAUAUCUUUAUUACCUCCUAAACUUCUGCAGCAAGUUCUCAAAAGAAUAACCUUUUGGACAGCAGCCAAUUACCGAAAAGAGCAAAGAGUCCUAAAAGAAGGGACAGAAAACAUGCCCCAGUGGAUCAGUAGCCACUGAGUGGCCCCAGGUCCAGUAGGUCCAGUGUGUCAAAGUGUCUUAGCGAGACCACACGUCUGACCCUCCCCUCCAGUCACAGGCUCCAUUCAAGCGAUAAAAUCUGAAACAAAUGCCUUGCUAAUGUGAUUACAUGGCGUGGGAUAUGUGGAAAUAAGAUGUAACUGAAGAUUUCUCUGUGUAUUUGUAAAGUGAUUUACUUGUAAAAGACAGUUACGUGUUCUUUCUGGAAAUAAGACAGUAACAGCAGUUCUUGGCUCAGUGUAUGCUCUUCUGGAAAGGCAGAAAUUACCCUAAAAUCUUCAGAAAUCCUCUCACACAACUGUAGGUGAAGAUAUAGAAAUACUCAUUGACUUCCAUUACUUUGCGGUCACCCAAGUGUCUCCUUAAAUAUUGUCAUCGGAAUUUCCCUCCCUUGUUGAUCAGGGAAGCAUCUUUAGAUAGUCCUGGCUCCACCCCCUGAAGACCACAUGGGUGGAGUUCGGUUUGUCUCACAGUCUUUGAAACAUUGGGGUGGGGAACAUUAGUGGCUUUUGAGACAUGGUAAAAUACACAUUGCCCUGGGGAAAAAAGUGUUUCUAAAGUAAUGUUUGCAAGUAAUGAGGGUGAUAAUCUGCUGUUUUUGACUCUCUGAAUCCCUCAUUUGAGCUCUACAGAGUUGAUGCUCAAGUCCUGACAAUGACAGCCCCUGGCUCUCGGCAUUGUUUAUCCAGAAAUGGGAGACUAUAUUGUUAUGUUCCUCAGAAUGAUACUGUGGCCAUUUUGAGACAUUUUCCUUGUAGGCUCAGUCCUGUCCUUCCACUGACAUUCUUGUUAUGAUGAUCACUAAAGGACUCAGUAUGGGACAUAUUCCCCUCACUGUCACCAUGCAAGUUAUCUCUGAACUUUAAGAUGCUGUGAAAGUAUAUUUCUGUAUUGUACAUAAUUUAUAGUGGACGUUGUAGUUUUAUCAAACUGUGUAUAUGUUUUAUAUGUGCUGUAUUUUGGGUGUGUAAAGCUCAUCUGUGUAUUGGAGUAGUUUGCGUUUACAUCUUACUUAUUGAACACAGUGUAUAGAGUUAUUGCUUCACAGUUUUGUCACUCGGUGUGGACCAGUCAGAGUUCAUUUCAGUGUGGGGCUGGCAACAUGGCUCAGGAUGGAAAAGGGCUUGCUGCCCAGGCCUGGCAUCCUGAGUUCCAUCCCUGGCACUAGAAUAAGGUGGGAGGAAAGAACACAUACUAUAAUGGCUGCUCUCUGACCGCCACAUAUGUGCUGCGUCACAUGUGCUCAGACAUACAACGCGCACGUGCGCGUGCACCGCGCACCACACACACAUACACACACACACACACACACACACACACACACACACACACAGGCAGAGCACUAUGGCACAGAAGAUGUAGGAGACACUCUCUGUACCUCACUGCAGGCAGCAAACAUUGGAGACUGGGAAUCAGUGCUCCUAACAGCUAGAUCCUCCCUCCUGGUUUCCUCAGAUGCCCAAAAUGUCACCACCAUCUGAUGACCAAGUGUUACAUCCAUGAAUCUGUAUGGAGCUUUUAUUCUCAAACCAUAUAAUUCUACCCCUAACCCAAAGACUCAUGGCCAUUCGUUCAUUCAGUUUAUCUUCUGGAGUCCCAGCAGCACCAAAACCCUCAGAAAACCCAGUUCCAAGGCCCCAAGAUUCAUCUCCCGGCCAUGGGGAUGUCUAAGCGUCAUUCCUGUGGAUCCAGCUGGCAGCAGAGGAGACAGCCCUGGACCUGGAAUCUCAAGCAUGUCCCUGUUCCAUUCCGUGGAAUCUUCUAGCACUUCCCAUCAGGAUGACAGAUGUUGAGGUGGAAUACCUGAUUGCUCUGGCCAAGGAGUGAUGCCUCCUGGGAACAGGUGCUGAUCUUUCAGGUGGGUCAGUCAUUGCAUUACAAGUGACCUGUGGUCGAUUAACGAUUUUACACUGUCUGUAUGAGUGUGGUUGUUUGAAAGAGAAUGACCCCCCAGAAGGCUCAUAGGGAGUGGCCCUGUUAGGAGGUGUGGCCUUGUUGGAGGGGCAGCUUCUGAAUGUGGCUCUCAGCCUGAGUCCCCGAUGUUUGCUGCCUGCAGUGAGGUACAGAGGCUCCGAAUGUCUCCCACACGGCCUGCGCCAUAGUGCUCUGCCUGUGUGUGUGUGUGUGUGUGUGUGUGUCUUAGUUAUUAAAUGCUGAUAUUUAAGUUCAUAAUAGUAACUUCCAACAAGAAGUAUAUUAUUUGUAAAAUUCAUUUCCCUUGUCUGUUAUGCAGACUAAAAAUGGUAAGAAAAAAAUAAAGAUUCACACUGAAAUGUC